AUGAGGUCAAUGGAGGAUACCAAACAGUUUUUAGUGCCGAAAGACUUGAAUUUACACUGUGAACUUCAGCAGUUAUGAAAAGUAGAGGUUACCAGGGAAUAUAAUGUCGAGUAGACUCAUUCCUGCAAUAUGUGCCUGGGGUUUGACCCUUGGAACCACAGCUCUCUUCUUUGUUUUUGUAUGUCCAGCCUUAGUAGACUUGUCCAUUUUGUACACAUUAGCAAUUCCAAUAUACGAGGGGAUUCUUACCUUGUUCGUCAUACUCAACUUUGGACUUGCUACUUUUAUGGACCCAGGAUAUUAUCCCAGAGCACAUGAAGAUGAAGUAAAAGAUGAUGAUUUUCGAGCACCUCUAUAUAAGCCAGUAGAAAUAAAUGGUAUAGCAGUGAGAAUGAAGUGGUGUACCACAUGUCAAUUCUACAGACCACCUAGGUGUUCUCAUUGUAGUGUGUGUAAUAAAUGUAUAGAGACAUUUGAUCACCAUUGUCCUUGGGUGAACAACUGUAUAGGACGAAGGAACUACAGAUAUUUCUUCCUUUUCUUGUGUUCAUUAUGCAUUCACAUGAUUAGUGUAUUUUCAUUCUGCUUGCUUUAUGUGCUUAGACAUAAAGAUAAUUUGAAAACUGUUGGCAAUAUAGUAGCAUUAAUUAAUAUGAUAAUUAUUGGAUUACUAAUUUUUCCUGUGUCAGGAUUGACUGGAUUUCAUGUUGUGUUGGUUUCAAGGGGAAGAACCACAAAUGAACAGGUCACUGGGAGGUUUAAAGGAGGGCACAAUCCUUUCACCAGGGGAUGCUGCUUGAAUUGUAAAUAUACCUUAUGUGGUCCUAUGUGGCCUAAAUUAUCAUCAUAUGUGCCUAAACAUAGAACACUGUCAAUAGAUGCUACAAAAGUGAAGUAUACAUCUGCCAAUAAAGAAAUUAAGUUGUACACAGAUGCUAGUACUAAUGGGGUAAAAAGAAACACAGCUGUGGUGAACCAGAAUGCCCCUCGCACUCCACUUUUGUCGGAUCACCAAGACGACCUACAUAGCCAGGGAAGUAGCCAAUCGGAAGGCUCUGAAAUCCAUGAAAAUCGGAGGUCUGAUUCUUAUACAAAUCUUUUUGACACUUCACAGUCAAAGCCAGUCUCAUCAUCAUCAAGUAAUUACCAAGCUGAUAGAACAUCUCGUGGACCACCUGUUAUUCAUCAGCCUCGUGUAGAACAGUCACCCCAAAGAGGCAGACGAGGAAGAUUACAGGAUGGGAUAGCUCCUAUGGCUCUUCCCGAGGAAUCCCUUAUGGGAUCCCCUUCAAAAUAUACUCCCCCUCCCAGAAAUAUUUUAAAUAGUCCAGGCACAGACAGGAGUAUCAAUGGCCAAUCACGUCAAAUGACUAGAUCUUCACAACCUCAAUAUAGUUCCCGAGAAUCUCCAGGGUACGGUAAACCCCAGUACUACAGUCAGCAGAAUGGACACAGAAGGGAGAGAACUGCCAGUGCCGAGGGCUCUUUAGACAGUGUAGAUAGGAGACCCUUGAUGAACUCUUCUGUGUCCUCUGGAUACAAUUCCAGAUCAUUCGACUCCUCCCCCCUAGGGAGGAGUCAGACUCUACCAAACAAUCAGGGAGGGUUCUUUGAUGAGGAUCCAAGAACUGCUAAGAGACCUAUGUCUUUUGUAAAGGCACUUGAAGUGAGUCAGUUAGUUGAACAAAGCCAGCAGGGGAUUAAGAACUCUAAUGUACAAAGCAAAAAACCUCCUGUAAAUACACAGGGGUCCCAUCACCACAAACAAAAGGGAAGACAUCGUGAAAGCAAGAAAAAGAAUCUGUAUGACACAAGCUUCGAAGUUUCUGUUUAAAGAUGUGAUAAAAUUUUUAUUAUUAUUUUAUGGUUUUUUUGUCCAUUGAAGGAGGCAGAAUGUAAAACAGAUCAAUUCAAUGAUUAUGUGAACUAGUCCCAACACUACUCCUCUUCUGUUGAAAGCUUAUGAUAUCAUGGAUUUGAAGUUGAUAAACUGUAUUGUGUUGUAUCAUUUCAUAUCACAUCCAUUUUAGUAGAGAAAAUUAUGUAUUUUACAAAGUGAUUUUUAGAAUGUGAAUAUCAAGUGUUUGAAAGUGCUUCCUUUGUUUUCAAGCUCACUACAUAUAUGUCAUGUGGACCAAUGUGCAUUAUGCUCUUGUGGCAUCAGUAAAUAUAGAAAUUUUAAAUUUCUCAAUAAGAAAUGAAAAAGCUGAGUUAAAAAAAAUUAUAUUUUCAAUUUUUUACAUAACAUGAUAAAAAAAAGAAAGCUCAUUUUUCGUACUUAGGAUGUUAAUGGAGUAAAUGUAAUGUGGGUGAUUAUCCAUGGAUGCCUGUUUUUGGUUUUUAUGUAUUUUGGGUCCACUAUCGUUGCCAAUAAAUUACCCCAUCUGCUUUCUAGACAUUUUGGGGAAGUAGGACAGGCUUGUUGCUAGAGAUAAGUUGAGGUUGUGUGCUGAGUUUAUUUUUGUAGAUUUUUUUCUUAAAUGUGAUAUCAAUUUUAAAUUCUGUGACAUGCAGUUUUAAAACAUGCUGUUUUAUUUUUUUUAAGUUGAAUUGGUACAUGUAUAUUUGAUUAAGUAAUGACAAAUAUACUAUGCCUGUAUUGCAUAUAUAUGGCCAAUAUAUAUACUUUGAAACUUAUACCUUGUAAAAAUAAAAUAAAUGUCCUUUAAGAUUUUAGAUUUUCUCUUCCACAAGGUGUUCUAGUCAUCAAGAAAAUUUUAGAAAUUUACAUCUGUACUUUCCCCCAAAUUGCAGCUUGACUAGAUGUAUCAUUUUUCAACUUCAUUAAGAAAUUUGAUACAUGUUUUAUCUUUCUUUCUUUUUGUAGAAUUUUUUUCUAUAAUUCUCAAACAAAUUUUUAUCUUUUAAGGUUUAGAAUGCUAGGUACAGUACGUACCCUGAAAUUCAGAAUCUCAAAUGUAAUUUAAUCGCAAAAAAGACUCAAUAAUUCCCUGAUAAAUUCUUUUGAAAUUUUGCAGGAAAUUGUCAGUAUCCAUAGCAAUGACAUAUUUUUACUUGAACAUAUCUUGAUUUUUUUUUUUAAAUGAACAAUUGGGAUUAGACGCAAGUUCCAUAACUUAAGACGUCCAAUCUCUAAGUGUUAUGAAAGGGAGAUAAAUUACAAGAUGUAGGGUGUGUGCUCAAAAAAAAAAAUUUUUAGCAAUCAUGUUUGCCUGCUUUGUUUUUUAUCUUCCACUAAAUAUGUGUAUAGUUCUAAAAUAUGACCGACUAUACAUGUAAAUGUAUUUCACUACAUCUGCAUUUUUAAAUUCAAAAUGCGCAAAGUAUUUUAAUGAUACAUUGGUGUAAACUUUACACUGUAAAGACAGGAUAUUAUGCCUUCAUUUCUCUCUAUUGCAGUCACACAAAGUAUAUCUAUUGUAAUGAAAAGAAUAUCUAAAACAACACAAUAAUGUCAUAAUGAUGGAGUGUAUAAGCAGAAAUAUGUCUGCAGAUAAUGACAUGUUGGUAUCUUUUUGUAAAAAGUAAACUUGGGGUGAAGAAGACAUGCCACAUACUUCAUGUACAAAUUUAAUUGUGAUGUGACCAUGUAUCACUGGUUGUGCUCAUGUAGACCAUUUAAUGUGACAUACAUGUAUGAGAAGAAAUUUAUAGAAAAAAUUUAUAGAAAAUAAGUCAAUGCAUCAGGGAAAAUGCUUAAAACUGUCAGAAUGCUGAACAUGUCUUGUAAGUGUUUUAUUUUCAAACAUUGUGAAUAACAGGUUGAAUUUAUGCCAAAAUAUGUUUGUACUUACAUGUUGAUUUCAUGUUUAUUUGGGACAUGUACAAUUAAUAUGGCCCAAAUCAUGCUACAAUAGACAAAGGGUAUCUAUCGUGUAAAUACUAGUACUUGGUAUGUAUUGGCCAACCUUGGUAACAUUCUACAUUCCUGUUUCUAGAAAAACUAGUAGAUUUUCAUAUAAUUUAAGUAAUGAAUUGUAUUUAUAUGUUAAAGUUGAAUAUCAAAUUCUAAUUAAAUAAUUUGCUGUACUAAAGCACUAAAAAUUGGCAAGUUAUGUUCAAAUUUUAAACUAUCUUUGAUUACCAACACCCCAUGACAUUAAUAAAAAAGUUAACGUAUAAACAAAAGAAUUCAAAACUUUUAAUUCUUGAUGAAACAUAUUGGAGAGUGUUUCUACUCAUUGCAAACAUUGGUGUGCUUGGACUAUUUAUUGGUGUUGAGCAGGCACACGUGUCAGUUGCUUGUUUUAUACUUUUAACAAGGGUAUUAUCACAAUGUUGUUUUAUACAGAUGUAAUAUUAAAUAUAAAUGUAACACUUA